UGUGUAUGGCUAAUAAAGUGUUACUAUAGGCUACAUUAUAUUUGCCAUGAAAAAAUUGGUUAUUUGAAAUCAGUUGAAAUCGCCUAUCGUAUUGAUGGAAAUGUCUUUGUAGAUAACAGUCACUAUGGGAAAUAACAGCCGGUAUGGCAAACAAAAGUCACCUCAAUUAGUCAAGGUGAACGUGUGGAAUAAUGAGAGUCCUUGCACUCAGCCCGGGCGGGAUUCUUGAGCAGGGCCCCAUGCCUGUCUCCCGUGAACACGCCCCAGAUAGAUGAGCCUGAUAUAAGGCGAGAGCUGCGGGUAGCAGAGGAACAAGGAGUCAGAGACAAGCCCCGGGGAUCACCUGUGUCACCCUCGCGAUGACAAGAAGGCCGUCAGGACGGGGGCCGCUCAUACGGGGACACGCAGUCUGGACGGUACAGUGAAAAGUAAACUUCCACCGCGCCUAUGUGAGUUUGGAUUGCCUGUUCCGUGGACUUACCUGAGCUGGAAUCGAUCGGAGAAUAAACGAGUUACUCAUCAGCUCGACAGAACGGGGCCGCAAUGAGUCGGAAAACGCGACGUUGGAUUUUAAGAGUUUUACUGUGUUUGGGGAUUGUUUAUUUGAAAAUUGGUGGUUUCUCGUCGGUGGUGGCCCUAGGUGCGAGUAUAAUCUGUAACAAGAUCCCCGGUUUGGCCCCAAGACAGCGGAUAAUCUGCCAAAGUCGCCCCGAUGCCAUUAUCGUCAUCGGAGAGGGAGUCCAAAUGGGCAUCAACGAGUGUCAGUUUCAGUUCAAAAACGGCCGCUGGAACUGUUCUGCGCUCGGGGAGCGGACUGUCUUCGGAAAAGAGUUGAAAGUGGGUAGUAAAGAGGCUGCCUUCACCUAUGCCAUCAUCGCAGCAGGAGUGGCCCAUGCCAUCACAGCAGCGUGCACACAGGGCAAUCUGAGUGACUGCAGCUGUGAUAAGGAGAAGCAGGGUUUCUACAGUAAAGACCAGGGCUGGAAGUGGGGGGGCUGCUCUGCCGACGUCAGCUACGGCCUGGGCUUCUCCAAAGUCUUCAUUGACGCCCGCGAAGUCAAGCAGAACGCCAGGACGCUCAUGAACCUGCACAAUAACGAGGUUGGGAGAAAGAUCCUGGAGAAGAACAUGCGUCUGGAAUGCAAGUGUCAUGGCGUCUCGGGCUCGUGCACCACCAAAACCUGCUGGACCACCCUCCCCAAGUUCCGCCAGCUUGGCUACAUUCUCAAGGAGAAGUAUGCCCACGCCGUGCAUGUGGAGCCCGUCAAAGCCAGCCGACACAAGCGCCCCAAAUUUCUCAAGAUCAAAAAACCCUACUCAUACCGCAAACCCAUGGAUACGGACCUGGUUUACAUAGACAAAUCCCCAAACUACUGCGAAGCUGACCCCGUGACAGGCAGUUUGGGUACGCAAGGGAGAGUAUGCAACAAGACUAUGAUGCAGCACAUUAGCGGGUGCGAUUUGAUGUGCUGUGGACGGGGUUAUAACACGCACCAGUAUUCACGGGUCUGGCAAUGUAACUGUAAGUUUUUAUGGUGCUGCUACGUCAAGUGCAACACGUGCAGCGAGAGGACAGAGGUAUACACGUGCAAGUGAGGAAUAUUUAUAUUUGAAAAAUAAAUAAGUACAUGGAUACGUGGGCAUUUGACUGCAACGAUGAUCGGAGGAUGGUUUUGUCUGUGGAUGAUGCUGAACUGCUGAACUUAACCAGACAACUGGUUGACUUGGAUCUUUUGCACAUCUUUAUGGACAUUCCCUGGACUGUGUUGGAAAGUUGACCUGGAACAAUGGAUGACUGGUGACCACAAUGCAAGUCACUGAAGUGUCAUAUGUAAAGCUAUAUGGACAUACCUUAUAUUAUUAUGCCAUUUCAAAUUCUGGAUGUGAUGCUGUGGUCACCUUCCAUGCACAAAUGGCACAAGCUGGAAUAUUUAACAAGACUGUAUUUAGAAAAUUAAUAAUGUUAAUUUAUUCUGUAAAUGAACUACUGAUUUCGUCCGACUUGGAUGACUACUACUAAAUGCUGGGAAAUUUCUAUCUUACAUAUUUAAACGUUUUAAACUCCACACACUGGAUUAAUACUGUGCUGUAUAAAGAUGGUGGUCUUAAACUGGCCUUCUGACCCCAUCAUGAGUCUGUCUUGCCACUGUUUGCUGCUAGUCCAGAAGAUCCCAGAGGCUGUCCGCUCUGCUGAAUGUCUUCAAUGGCAUUGCUCACUUUCAACUGAUUUAGCUUAACACUGGACUUCACUGAUCAAACGCCAGCACACUUACCACUUUUGGUAAAUAAUAGUUUAUAGAGUAUAUUUUGUAAAAGGCUAUUUUUAUAUGAAAGUUUUAUUUAUGUUUUUUGCAUAUUCCCUGUACAAAUGUUGUUAAUCUUUGUGACAAAGCUAAUAUUUGUGUAUUUUGGCCCCUCUUGUCUUGCCAUAGAUGUACAUUGUAAAACUGUGUUCAAACAUGUGCUGCCUUCCAUGACUACUGAAUACAGAAAAUAAUUAAC